AUGGUCGCACCGCGGUUGGCGCCGGCGCUGGUCGCCAUCGCCAGUGGUGUUUUGUUCAGCGGCGUUGCAGAGGCACAGUAUAAAGUCGACACAAGAGACGACAUCAUCGCAUCGUCCAAGUCCCUAGCCUACGACCUGAUGAAGUUCUACCAUGGCAACGAGUCCGGCCAGAUCCCCGGCCUCCUGCCGGGCCCUCCGGCUUCCGGCACCGGCGACUACUACUGGUGGGAGGCGGGCGCCAUGAUGGGCACGUACAUUGACUACUGGAAGUUGACGGGGGACACGACGUACAACGACGUCGUCACGGAGGGCAUGCUGUUCCAGGUCGGCCCCCAGAGGGACUAUAUGCCGCCGAACCAGACGCUAUCCCUCGGCAACGACGACCAGGGCUUCUGGGGCCUGUCCGCGCUGCUGGCCGCCGAGAACAAGUUCCCCGACCCUCCGGCGGACCAGCCGCAGUGGCUCGAGUUGGCCCAGGCCGUGUGGAACACGCAGGCAGACCCGAGCCGCUACGACGAGACGUGCAACGGCGGCCUGCGGUGGCAGAUUCCCCGUACCAACGCGGGAUACGACUACAAGAACACCAUCGCAAACGGCAUCUUCUUCAACAUGGGCGCCCGGCUGGCGCGGUACACGGGCAACGACACGUACGCGGAGAGGGCGGAAAAGGCGUGGGACUGGCUCUGGGGCGUGCAGUACAUCGACCACGAGACCUGGGCCGUGUACGACGGCGCCAGCGUCAACGACAACUGCACCGACAUCCACAAGACGCAGUACUCGUACAACGCGGGCAUCCUGAUCCAGGGCGUGGCCUUUAUGUACAACCAUACCAGCGACGACAAGUGGCGCACGCGGCUGGACAGCCUGCUCGACGCGUGCCUGGCGUCCUUCUUCCCCGAGGACAUCGCGUACGAGCUGUCGUGCGAGUUCGCGCUCGGCGGCAGCGUCUGCAAGACCGACAUGCUCUCGUACAAGGGCUACCUGGUGCGGUGGCUCGGGGUGGUGACGCAGGUCGCGCCGCACACGGCGGCCAAGAUCCUCGGCCCGCUGAGGAAGUCGGGCGAGGCGGCGGCCCGGCAGUGCACGGGGGGCGCGUCCGGGCGCGAGUGCGGCUUCUACUGGACCGAGGGCAAGUUUAUCGACCCGAGCGUCGACAAGACGAGCGGCGCGGGCGAGGCCAUGGACGUGCUGGCCGCCGUGUCGUCGAUGCUCAUCGAGGAUGUGGCGCCGCCCGUGACCAACGACACGGGCGGCACGUCCAAGGGGAACCCGAAUGCUGGGGGGAAGGAUAAUGGCGAGAGGCCGGUUAAGCCUGUGACGGCGGGGGAUAAGGCGGGCGCUGCGAUUCUGACGAUUCUGCUGUUGGUCGGUGCCGGGGGCUUGUUUGUGUGGAUGAGCUUCUUUGAUCCGAUGGUUUCGUGA